CUCCGGGCGAGAAGGAAAAGGCUGCAAGACGAGAGGUUGGCCAUCUUUGCAAGACGCUUUCAAGGUGUGUAAAAAACACAGGACGAGAGAGCCUACAGGUACGUCGAAGCAACCGAACCUGGCUGCUCGCUCAUUCUGACCUACUCUUACCAUUUCUUCCCUCAAUUCUGCCCGCUCCUUUCCGGAUUUCAUCACCUAGCACCACCACAGGCACCGGCAGCAUCGCCUAUGCGAGCAAACAACCCAGAGCAGCUGAAGAGUGUACCCCAGCGGCAAAGAGGGUAAAAGGUGGAGACCAAUGUCAUGGAGUCUAGGCCGGCGAGUAUCUUUGGUCGGCCUGCCGCAGCAACUCCCACUUCAAAUGCCGCUGGUGGUCUCCUUGGUUCAGCAGUUCCCGCUGUCAACACCACCCGUAGUCUCUUUGGCUCAGCAGCUCCGGCUUCAAAUGCCACCGCCACCACCACCGCCAGUCUCUGUGGGUCUGCAGCCCCAAUACCAAUGGGAGGACUGGGUUCUCGGGUUAGUCUCACGAAUACGCCACGAGCCAGUGGGAUACCACUCCGAUCCACUCGAGACAGGCACAGGACAGAAGUGGAAGCUUGAGGAGCCUGAAUUACCCGGGCAUGGAACUUGUUUCGUCAUCCGAGGUGUGUGUUGUUUCGGUAUCAUUAUCACAGAUCAGAACGGAGGGGUUGAUAGAUUUCUCGAUAAUAUUGGUCAUCAGGAGAAGUAUAGGGGCUUUUCAAGGGAGGAGCUGAAACUCAAAUGGCUUGUUUCACAGGGUCGUUUCUCUUAGGGUGUUGUUGCUGCACCUAUGCAUGAGGUGUGCCGGAACAUUUGUUUGGCCAGGUUGUACGGUCAUUGUGUAGGUAAUAUGAUGGACGGAUACAUUUGUUCGCCUGCUAGUUAC